UCCCGGCCCGUUGCAUGAGCGCGCGGCCCGGCCCGGUCCGAGGAUGCGGGAAGGGCUGGCGCUGCCCGGCGGCCCCGGCGCCGCCCCGGUGCCCGGCUUCCUGGCCAAGCUCUGGGCGCUGGUGGAGGACCCGCAGAGCGACGACGUCAUCUGCUGGGGCAGGAAUGGUGAGAACUUCUGCAUUCUGGAUGAGCAGAGGUUUGCCAAGGAGCUGCUCCCCAAGUACUUCAAACACAACAAUAUCUCCAGCUUCAUACGACAGCUAAACAUGUAUGGUUUCAGGAAGGUGAUUGCUCUUGAGAAUGGCAUGAUUACAGCAGAGAAAAGCUCAGUCAUUGAGUUCCAGCACCCUUUCUUCAAGCAAGGGAAGUCCCAUUUACUGGAAAACAUCAAGCGCAAGGUGUCUGCAGUAAGGACUGAGGAUCUCAAGGUCUGUACGGAGGACUUGCACAAAGUACUCUCUGAAGUCCAAGAAAUGAGAGAGCAGCAGAACAACAUGGAUGUCAGACUGGCUAACAUGAAGAGAGAAAAUAAGGCCCUGUGGAAAGAAGUGGCAGUUCUAAGGCAGAAGCACAGUCAACAACAGAAGCUGCUGUCUAAGAUUCUUCAAUUUAUACUGAGUUUGAUGCGAGGAAAUUACAUUGUUGGGGUCAAAAGAAAAAGGUCUCUGACAGAUGCUGCAGGUGCUUCACCUUCCAAGUACAGUCGGCAGUAUGUUCGGAUUCCUGUGGAGAGUGGCCAAACAAUGGCUUUUUCUGAACAUAAUGCAGAUGAUGAGGAUGGGAAUGGUUCAGGUCUCAUCAUCCGAGAUAUCACAGACACGCUGGAGAACGCCACUGAUGGGCUCCUUGCUGUGGCACACACGAGUGGCAAAGCCAGGGAGACGCAGGCAGCUCUGGAUCCUGGCCUGCCUCUUUGUCAAGUGUCACAGCUAAACGAGUUACAUUGUGCAGAACCCAUCCCACCAGUUCAUUUAAACGAUGUCAGUAAAUCCAGUGAAGCAGGAAAUGCUGCUGUGGAGCUCCACAGUGCACAGCCUAAUGCUCCAGAAGACCCUGUGUCAGUGAUUGACUCCAUCUUGAACGAGAACAGCUCUGCAAACCAAAAUGAUCCUUUGCUGGACAGAGAGGAAAUUCAGGAUUUUCUCAACUGCAUUGAUGCCAGCCUUGAGGAGCUGCAAGCGAUGCUAUCUGGGAAGCAGUACAGCUUUGGUUCUGAAGCUUUCAGUGACGCAUUUAAUCCUGAGCUGCCAGCCCUGGAUAUGAGCCUGAUGGAAACCUCUCCUGGUAUGGAAAAUAUUUCAGACUUGGCAGAGAGCAGUGAGGAUCUGGGAGCCGGUGAGAGAGAAACAGCGGGAAGCAAAGAUAUGCAGCUGAUACAGUACAGGGCCAAUCCUCUGCUUUCAUUAUUUGAAGAGCUGCCUUCCAGCGAAGCUGCAGGGAAGACAGAGGAUCCUAAAGACCUUCUGCUGCCCACCCUGGAGGAAAAACCUGCUCUUCCUGCUCCCUCAGGGAGCGGAACUGACUUGCCAUUAGCGGCUCCGGCCAGCCAGGCUGAGCCUCUGGAUGCUCUGGGAAUGGGUGAUCCACCUCUGCUCUCAGAAGAUGGGAAUGGAGAGUAUAAACUCUUCCCGCUCUUGCUCCUCAGUCCUGUUGCUAAUUUCAUAGAAGAGGCCUCUGAGAUAGAAACCUCUUGAACUCACAUAAGAUCUGCAGCUGGCUUAAUUGAUGUGACAACGAAGAAAGAGAUCACCCAGAAGUUUGACCUCUCCUCACUUGCUUCCUGGGUGCUCUACUCUGUACAAACAGAAGCAAGUUCUCUGUCUACAGGCAAAGAGCACAUCUGUAAAACAAACAAACAAACUGCACAUGAGCUCAAACCAGGAGCUGGUGGGAGUGAAGGCAGUGGGCAGAGGAGAACAACAACCUCCCUGUAGACCAUACCACAGUAUAUUCCUUUAACUUUUUAAUCCAAUAUCCUUAUUGCAAGAGGAAAUCUGUUUGUAUCCCGUUUGUAAACGUUUGUGGUUUGGUUUUCGUUUGUGGUUUGGGUUUAUUUUUCCAUUAGCUGAAUAGUUCUGUGGCGUGUCCUGUUUUAAACAUGAGUUUGUACUCUUUCUGAGAGGCUGUUUCAGUAGGUGGCUUGGCUGGAAUUAAGGUUGGUUGUGGUGGGUUUUUUUUUAAGUGGUUUGGGUUGGUUGUUUUUUUAUUUGGGAUAUUUUGAUAUAGUUUGUGGCUGCAAUUGUUUGCAUCUGCUUAGAUCACUUCCGUAUUCCUAGAUUUGCUGCUAGGUACAGGGAACAUUUUUCCUAUGGAAAAUGACAUUUUAACUGUGGACUAUUACUUUUUAACAUGCUAAGCCACCUCCAUUGCCACGGGCUGUAGGUGUUGUGGUAGGAAGUGCUUUGCCACCCUGCGUAACGCUGGUUUCUCAUGCACAUUGCAUGGCGGUUCUCGGGUAACUCGCACCUAGCUCACAGGUCUGUGUCCUCAGAUGCUGAGUAGAAGUGACAUCUCAUCAAGUCCAGCAGCUGCCCUUCAAGUGAGAGAGGCAGAGGGGGAGGGGGGGAAAGGUGUUACGAGGUAACAUUGGACAUUGCAUUGAGAUUUCUUUCCUGCUUGCGGUAGUUGUUUGUUCACCUGACCCUAUAUGAGCACUGAGAGCUUCUCACUGCAUUUCCUGUUUGUGGAACCUUAAAGCUAAGUUAAGCAGAUGCAUCUGAGACCCCUCUGAUGGCAGAUUGCAAAAAGGGAAGGUCUGCUUAACCAAAAGAUCUUUUCACAAAAUUCCUUUCCACACUCUUUUCCCUAACUCCUUCGAGCAGCUGUACUGCAGACACCAGCCUCUGCUGUCAGGUUCUCCUUUGCCAGUGUCAUGGUUGUAGCAAUCACCACUAGCCCACACAAACCUGACAUAUGAAACAUGACAUGAAACAAAGCUUUUGUGACUGGAAAGGGCCUGAAAGCAGGUAGAAAAUCCACUGUAUCACACCAAUUAUUUCCUGCCAGCACAAUUACUUCCAUUUCUUAUCUUCAGUUUUAGGAAUUCAUUCUACCUACAGGCUUUGUCCUCUGAAGUGUCUGAACUACUAAGUUUUGAGUUCUUUUAUAUUCAAGAGUUGAAGGUGAUUUGAUACUCUGAAGCCUAUUAGAUAAUGCAUGUUAUCUAUGGUGACCUUAAUUGUCAGCCCUUUUGAGUGGCAGAGGAUCUUGCUACCAGCUCUGUGUGUGUGAUGCCUUCACAGUUUUGUUUUAUUCCCAGGCUUCUGUAACUGUUCUUUACCUUGUGACCCUCCAUGUUUGUACAUUUUGAAUUGGUUAUUGUUGAGUAUGUCAUAUUCUAGCCUUUUCUAGUGUUUCUUUUUGCUUUCUUGAGACAAAGGGCUGAGGAGUCUCAAGUUUUCAUGAGCUAAAGAGAGUGGCGGGGGGGAGAGCAGUGAGUGAAUUCCUGUCUGUCUUGAGCUCUGAGUUUCAUCAUUUCUUCCAAAAGGCCUCAUGUUUGCCACGAGUGAAACAGUAAAAAAAAAAACCCCAGACUUUACUUCUGUGCUGUUUGGACAGCAUGGUGCAGACAACAAAGUUAUUUGAGCAGCUGAUCUCCUGUCACUCUCAGUUCAUGAACAGGUUGGACUGCGGUGUAGUUUCUGUUACAGGUUAGUCAUGUUCUUCCAUCAUGGAGUCCUCUGGUCUCAGUUCAUCUCCCCAUCAGAUACUUGAUCUGAUUGCAUAAUCGUUUUUAUAAUUCACUUUUAAAACCAAAAAAAAAAACCCAAGCAACCAAGGCUUAAGAAAACUGCAAAGAAAAACUUGUGCAUUAGUGUUUGGUUUCUGUCCUGGUCUAGGAAAAAAAAAAUGUUUCUUUGUGCAAGUUCACUAAAAGAUUGCAGUGGAAAGGGGAAGGCUGAACAGCAAGGCAAACCCACAUGCUGAAGUAAUUAAAGGCAAGAAUUACAAAACCA